CAUGUUUUUGUUUGCUUAUUGAUACUGAAUCUCCGGUUGAUAUUUGUGUAAAAACGAUUUGUGAUAUUAAUUACAUUUUUCCACGUGUGAUACCUUGCAAUGAGAAUCAUGAAGAGACCAAACAUUCUUCUCACAGGGACCCCUGGGGUAGGAAAGACCACUCUAGGCAAAGAGUUGGCUCAGAGAACAGGACUAACCUAUGUCAAUGUUGGGGAUUUGGCACAGGAGGGUCAGUUGUUCGAUGGAUUUGAUGAAGAAUACCAGUGCCCUAUAUUGGAUGAGGACAGGGUUGUGGAUGAACUGGAGGACAAAAUGGGAGAUGGAGGCGUAAUAAUUGAUUACCAUGGCUGUGAUUUCUUUCCUGAACGCUGGUUUCAAAUUGUUUUUGUCCUCCGCACAGACAACACCAAUCUCUACAAUCGUCUUGAAAGCAGAGGGUACAUAGGAAAGAAACUCCAGGACAAUGUGCAGUGUGAGAUCUUCCAGACUAUCUUUGAGGAAGCCAUGGAAGCCUACAAGGAGGAGAUAGUCCACCAGCUCCCCAGUAAUACUCCUGAGGACCUGGAGAGGAAUCUGGAUCAAAUUGUUCAGUGGAUUGAACAAUGGAUGAAAGACAACAAUUGACAUGGGACAUUAUAUGUGAAAAGCUCAAGCACUUUUGAGUUCAUGUCAAAGUAGAUAGACAUCACAUUUCAUAGUUAGUGUGGCCCCAGACAGAGUAUGGUUCUAUUCACUAAGCACUAAAAAUGUGUGAGGCUGUUAAUAAUUACUCUAUUUGAAAUAAGUUAAACACAAUUCCAAAAUGAAUGGAAGAAAUAAAUAUUUUUAUAUUGGGUAA